AGGGGCUGCGGCCGCAGCUUCCGGGGUGCGGCGGGCGGGCCGCCGCCAUGGUGCCGGCGGGGGCGGCGGGUCGGCGGGCGGAGGGCGGGCGGAGCUUGGCGCUUGCCGCCCAGGCGCAGCGGCCCCACGGGUGCGAGCAGUGCGGGAAGGCCUUCGCGCAGGCUAGCGCCCUGGCCAAGCACCGGCGGGUCCACACCGGGGAGAAGCCCUACCGCUGCCCUGUCUGCACCAAGGCCUUCGCCCUCUCCUCGGGGCUGGUCCUCCACAAGCGCACCCACACCGGCGAGCGGCCCCAUGCCUGCCCGCUCUGCGGCAAGGCCUUUAUCUCCUCGUCGCACCUCGCCCUCCACCUCCGCUCCCACACGGGUGAGCGGAAGUACCAGUGUCCCGUCUGUGGGAAGCUCUUCCUCCAGUCCUCCCACCUGGUGCGCCAUAAGGCCAUCCACACUGGCGAGAGGCCCUUCAAGUGCGAGGACUGUGGCAAGCUCUUCGGGCGCGCCUCGCACCUCGCGACCCACCGCCGCGUGCACACAGGUGAGAGGCCUUUUAAGUGCUUGCAGUGCGAGAAGGCCUUUACGCAGAAGGCUGGGCUGGUUCUCCACGUCCGCCUGCACACCGGGGAACGGCCCUACAAGUGCGACAAGUGCGGGAAGAGGUUCCGCUCCUCUGCCCACCUCGUGUCACACCAGGUUCUCGAGUCAGGCGAGAGGAACUUCAAGUGCUCCAUCUGUGGCAAGGCCUUCAAGCAGGCGUCGUCCCUCAAGCAGCAUCUGAAGACCCACGAGGUACGAGAGCCUCAUCGCUGCUCGGUCUGCAGCCGAGCCUUUUCCAGGUCCUCUUACCUCCAGCUUCACAUGAGAACACACAGUGGGGAGCGGCCGUACCACUGUUUGGUUUGCAACCAGACAUACGCCAAAAUUUCAACCUUUGAAAAACAUUGCAAAAAGCACCAGCAGGAUGAAGAGAGACCUGAUGCUCGACCCAGGCCUGUGACCACUAGGGCAAAAGCAUUGGCUGAAAAGAAAAAGCAGAAGCAGAAACAACAGCACCGAGAUGACAGCCUGGAGCAACCUCACCAGGCUGAUGCAAAACAGCAGCAGCAGCAGGCGGAAAGGCUGUAAAAGUCACUACAACAAGAACUGUUCCUGGCCCUCUGCAGCAUGGCUCAUGGGAGGUAGAGCGUCAGGGGUUCCUGACCAAAGCGCCUGCUUUUAUCCAGAUUGAGAGAGGCAUGCUUCUCUGCAUGCAGAAAUAAGUUGAGUUGUAGUCUCUUAAAUGAAGGCAGAGUUUUUGUUUGAAGAGAAGAGAGGUGGUAUGCCUACAGAAAACAAUUCUGUAGCGACAGUGAGUUUAGGAAACAAGCAGGAACUUAAGCUGCAAAACGCAAUUUUUAAAAGCACUGUACAUAGCAAGACGAUAGCAUCUUUGAGCCUUUUCUGUUUUUCUCACUGUUAAUUACAACAAGGUGUUGUACUUGGCAUCCAGAUAAUGCUGUGCAUGCAGUGCGUUUAAAGCAUUGCAGGUUUUAUUGACAAAGCAACUUAAUUCAUCUUUCUCAAAACUAAUGAAGACAGGUGUCAAAAAUCCGUAAUUCAUCUUAAAUUGACAUUUGAAAUCCCAGCUUGUCGUAAAGGUACAAGAAUUUUUUUUUAUUUUUUUUUUUAACCUGAUCUUUUGGGAAAGUAAAAUAUAGUAACAAGGGAAUUCUAAGCCCCGUGUCCUGAAUUAGCAAAUCGCUAUAGCUGGUUUGCUGGCCAGUCGCCAUGCUGAGGGAAUGAGGCAAAACGCCACAAAAGGGUUGCUGUCAGAUUGGAAUGUUUCAAAUAUAUUCUGGGGGGCAAGAUUGGACUCCAGUGAGUAUUAAAUAAUUUUGUAAACGUUAAUAAAACUGCCUUUGUUGCAGCAGUGUUCUUUGUGAACCAGCACUUUGUAGUGACUUUUUAUGUCAGCUUUAUGUCAUUCUAUUAACAGCACUAUGAGGCUACUUUAUGCCUUCGUUUAUCACUUAUUGUUACCCAGGAAUUUAUUAUAGCAGAAAAAAGGAAGCAGUGAGUUCAUUUGAAGUAUACAUUCCUAAUUUUCUGUACCAAGUCCCUGAUCUUUUUAAUGCUAUUUUCCUGCCAUUGUGUGAAAACAUGUAUUAUGCACUUUAAGGAUCUUUUUGGAUAGGCUUCUGGUUUUGUUUCUAUAGUAUAUUCAUAACUCUAUUUUAAGGCCAAAAAAGGAAUUUUCCGGAAGUUUGCACAUUUAAAGUAUUGCAGUGUAUCAGGACAGAAAUCAUGUUACGUGAUAGAGCUGGAUUACAUCAAAGAACUAAUUUACAGCUAACAAAACUACAUUGAAUAAUUGUCUUUUUGCACUUCAAGAUUUACUUGAUGUUGGGUAUACUGAGAUAUAAAUCUUAUUGUUGAACUGAUGUUUAUAUUCAGCUGGUUAAUAUACUUUAAAUAUUUAUGUGGUCAGGUAUUUCAAAUGAGAUAUGUCAUGACAAAUUCUAAUGUAGAUUUUUGCUACAGUCUUUAGAUUUUGUUUUGUGACCAGUUGUGUUGUUUAGGAGGAACUAGACACACUGGGUUUUAUUUCCAGUUCGGUUAUGUCAGUGCCGUAUAAGCAGAGUUCAGUCUUUUUUUUGUAUUCCAAUUCAUGUUAUUAAAAUAAUAUACACCAC